GUCCAUUGUUUUCGAUUCGCAAAUUUCAUAAUGACGAACAUGCAUUGAUUCACCAAGUACAUCCCUGUAUUUCCUAUGACGUUUGAUACUUUGUUAAAUUAAUUAAUUAAAAAAUGCAAACUCUGGAUGACGGUAACGCCUUGUCAAGCGAUAAGAUUUUUAUAUGUUUUUUAUAAAGAAAAAAUGUUUAACGACAGAAGAAGGACGGAGUACGCACGGAAAUUAAGAAUGCAAAAAAUCAUCCUCUUGGGCAUCACUGGAGUUCUAGCUUAUGAGAUUAUCAACAGCUAUCUGAACUUUCAUAAUCAGGUUUCUCAAUACACUCAAUCAAUUGCGUAUCGAGAAGCACAAGAAGCUAGUAAGGAAUACAGCAUGAAAUUAAUGAAAAGAAAUCAGCAGCUGCUCUCAAGAGAGGAAAAGGAAUUAAACAAUAAAAAUAGAUAUCAAGAUACCGAUUGAUUAUAAUGCAUGAAAUAUGCUUUACCAUGAUAAUAUGUGAGAAAUUUAAGACUCUAUAAAUUAUAUAUUUUUACAAAUAUUCAGGAUUCAUUAAAAAGCAAAGAGACUCACGCGUGACAUGGAUGUCAGUAAGGCUGAUAAAAUUUAUGAGUAACACCAGUCAGUAGUCAGUCGUGACUCUUCUGGAAAUUGAGUUGACAGUUUGUAUAUAUGUAUAUACUGUCGCUUUCAAAUUGACUUCAAAGACUACGUUCACAUCGUGCAAGAUUUUAGUAGGAUCAACCAAUCACGUAAUAACGCAUCUCCUUAUUGAGACAAAGUCACAAAGGAAAAAAAAAGAACCAAUCAUGCGUGCCAUCUAGUAAUAAGCCAUAGAACACAAAUCAAAUUUUGCUCAAACUCAAUCAACAUAUGAUGCAAUAAUAGUUAAUUUGAGGAAAACGUGUGCGCUGAAUGAAUGAAUAUAAAACAUCAGCUGAAUUGUACAUAAACCAGAGAUGAGUAGGCCUACUCAUCUCUGCAUAAACUGUUAUUAAAAGCUAAGUUCAUAGUUCGAGGUGUUGAGCUCAAAUUGAAGUCAUUUUACUAUCUGGGUAUAAUAAUCACCUGAAAUGAUAUUAUAGGGACAUGACAGUUGUCUACUCUCUUUUUAUUGACUUUUGUUUCUCUACGAUGUCACGGCUGCAGGAAGGACUGUAUACGUAGUUUUUAUAGCUACAUAUAUUAAAAAUAGCGAAUGAUCCUGACCCCUUAAUGAAGUCAGUGUGAAUUCUUUAUCGGGUAUUGUUAAAGUGUCAUAAAUGUACAGUCAAGGCGAACGCGGAAUAUCCGGUUGUUAAGGCAACAAUGGAAUAAAAUUGCUACUGCGUAACGCAUGAAUGGGAGGUACUUGAAAAACAUACACAGCAAAUAAUUUCGUAGGAUAGAUGGCAGCACGGUGAAUUUCUCAUGAGAAUUGUUUUCAUUUGCAAAUACAUAAGAACGUAAAGAGGAAACGUUACCAGACUCAAUUUCGAAAAGUCAAUGACAACGUCGGAUUGUAAGUUCUUGUUUUUUCUCAACAUGUGUCACUUGAACAUCGAAUAUUCACCUGCCUAAUUUAACCAUGCGUUGUAGCAAAAAAUAUUUCUUAAUGUUAAACUUUGCUUAUAUCAAACCAGCUGUGCAUGCUUACAAAAAAUGUCGAAGUAUUUACGACACACCUGUUUCCUUACGAUAUUCCUAAUUAACUUGAUACAAGGGACAUUAACGAGAACUGAAAAAUUUUCCCUUGGAAAAUAAGCAUUUUGAAAUAAUGACAUGUGGACGUAUGUACGUAUAUAUAUAUAUAUAUAUGUAGCGCGAAUGUUCACUUACUUCAAUAAUGUCUGGGUUCUAUGCCUCUAUGACUCUGGGGGUAUGCCUCGUAGUAGAUAUUAAUUGCAUACAUAUAUAAUAGAUUAUAAUAAUAGACUGAUGUACAAAUUAGAGUAAAAGAUAAUGAAUA